UUGACUCAAUGAUGGCUGCUGUCUGCCUAGUGUUUCUUUUAAUAUUUUCCACACAAAUGCAAGCUCAAGCUAAAGAUGUUCCUAUUCCCAAUUACGACAUCAAUCUUGAGCUCCCUCAAAAUGAGCGCUGGAAGCAAGUAGCCAUUGACUACAGUCAAGACCUAAAGGAACUGAUUCGUUACUUGAAUUUACUUCAGAGAUGCAGUGCUUGUACCAGCAUCCUUGCAACUACAAAGGCUGGUAAAAUAAUUCACGGGCAGAACCUUGACUAUGGUGGACCGUUAGGUAAGCUAGCAGUGACAGUCCAUUUCCAAAGGAAUGGCAUCACGGUAUACAGUGGAACAAUAUUUGCUGGCUACGUCGGAAUUUUGACUGCUGUUAAACCGGGGCGGUUCUCUAUAACACAGAACGAUCGAUACAAUGGGGACUGGACGUUAAAUGUUAAGCAAGCAUCAAUGCUGGGUACUAGUAGCUUUCUGGCUUUAAAGGUUCGCGACCUUCUUGAUGACCCUUCGUCUGAUUUCAAAAAGGUAGUGAAUACGAUUGCCAGCACUCAAUUCAUAGAUCCAUUUUAUGCUAUAGUGGGAGGAGUCAGUGGUGAUGAAGGAGCUAUUAUAAUUCAUAAUAGAACAACUGGUAUUACUGUGUGGAGACUG